AAUUUGACAAUGACAUGUAAUUAGUAACGUCAAAAUGGUUGGUUGUCAUUUGUGUUAAAAAAUAAAUUUCCCUCUUAAAGUGAACAACUAACAGCCAGGACGUUGUUGGUUUAUUGCAAAUUGUACAGUGCUUAGUUAAAAGUCGUUGUUAAUUUAAAAGUGUGCGAAAAAUUAAAUUUUGGUUGAUUUAUUAUUCGACACAGGUGACAUAUUUUACUUCAUUUUUUAUUCAGAUGUCGAAUUUGAUUCCGCCACUUUUGAGCAGUUCACCACCUCCAAUUGUAGGACCACUUGAUGAGGAUGACGACGACGAAUUUGGGGAUUUUCGGGCCGCUGCUGAUUCGUUUGACUGUGAUGACUUUUCUUUACCACCUUCACCACAAAAAUCAUCAGAACUGAAAACCGACCUUUCCAAAGUCAAUUUAGAUAUAAAUAGUAACAAGAGCCAAAAAGACACACAUGAAAUGCCAGCCGAAAACUUAGAUGAAUCUGUAGUGCGUGAAGAAGUAAAUAAAGAUUUUCAAGAUAGGAGAAAAAGUUUAAGUGAAGAAGAUGCACAUGCAGAGAUCAAAGUCAAUUCUAGUGAACAAUUUGAUGAAGUGAAUGGUUUUGAGGUCGAUUUUAGUGACCAAAAUAUUGAGGAGAAUGAUUUCACCAACCCACAGAGCGCUCUACCAAAUGAAACUCAAGUAGAAAAUGAAGUAAAUAAUCACAGCAAUGAGGAAAAUCUAUUUGAGGCUUUUAGUGAAAACACAAAUGAUACAUCUGAAAGUAAUGAGAUUAAAUCUGAUGACAAUUUUUCUGAAGAAAUUAAUGACAAGGGUGAAAACGAUCUGAGUGAAUCUUCAGUUAGUCUCAAAAUAUCAGAAACUGAACAGAAAUCAACUGAAGACGAUUUCGGAGAUUUUGAAAACCAUUUUAGUAACGACAAAGAAGCACUAGAUGACGAUUUCGACGAUUUUGUUGAACCUCCACAACAGGGUACAGGAAACGAUGAAGAUUUCGGCGAUUUUGAAUCGUCGGAAUUUGGUGAUUUUUCACACAAUUGCGAAAAACCGGCUUUUCUCGAGAUAGACGUGAAAAAUGCAUUUGAAAAAUGCGAAGCAAUUUUGAAAGAAAUUUUCCCCAAUGUCGAACAAGAAAGUGAUGAUUACAUGACCGCUGAUUACACAACAGAAAAUCGUAUUUUUGACGAAUUGAAGGACGUUACCGAGACUAACGCUUUGAUUUAUCAAUGGUCGAAGUCAAACAGUCAGAAAAUGUUCCUUAAAUCGUUAAAUAUCGAUACGAGAAAUAUUUUAUAUGGCCCCGCUUGGGGCGGUUCGAUGCCAAGAUUCGCCGGUUUGACACCGUUAGAGCCAGUUAAAACCGAAAUUCUCACUCCGGCGCCGGUUCAAAACUUUUCAAGUCCGUCCAGUAAUUCUAGUCAAAAGGAAAUUAGUGAUAUUCCAACGGUUCAGUUCGAUUGGAACGGUUCUGGAUUGAUAAAUCCUCUUGAUUGUUACAAUGAGUGCCGACCUGUUAAAAUACCAAAAUGUAGGGUAUCUCCAACAUGUCCCCAAAGAAAUUACGUUAGUACGUGUCCCCACUCGAGCUGCUGCACGACGAGGGCUUCGAGCGCACCCUGCAAAAGGACCGACUGGAAUUGGAACACGAAUAAUUGUCGGACAAGGCGAUCGCCGAGCUUGGAACCGACUGCCACUAAAUUAGAACCUCGAUUUAACGAAAAACGAAAUGAUGUAAGUAAACCCAAAACCGUGAAAAGCAAUAAAAUGAAUAAAUCACCACAAAGAAGAAAAGUCAGUAAUGAGCGAAAAAGUCCCGAAACGUCCAAACAAAAUGAGUGUUGUAGCGGGCCUGAGGAGCACGAAUAUGUCCACUUUUUGCUGAAAAUAACCGAAGACAUACUCAGAAAUAAUAUUUACAAGGACAAUGAAAUGGAGAAGCUGUUUGAGAGCCAUAUUCAAGCGAAUAAAGGGCGUCUGGAUGAGGAAAGAAUGCGGUCACAAAUCGAAAAACUGAAGCAAGAAUUGAAUUUACCCUUGCCGAAAAGAGAACAAAUGUGUGAAUGUGGGGAAGAAAACGGAAUGCAAAGCGCACUUUGCAAGUGUUGCGAAAUGGGGACUCAAUCCGAAACGACGUGUUAUUGCAACAAUGAGAAAUGUCCGCUUCAUCCGAUUUCUGAAGAAAAACCAGAACCAAUCGUAGAUGCAGUGAGUUUGGAAGAAGAACCUGAACCCAAAUAUGAUCAGGAAUGUGGGAGCCCUGACGACGAACCGGAAAAAGAUGAAUCCCAAUGUGAUCCAGAAUGUGGUAAGCUUGAUGGAAAAACACCGUCGGAAUGUGAUUGUUUAAACGUUGAAAAGAAAUCGGACGAAAGUAACUUAAAUAUGAAAACAUCGUUAUCGGAUAUUACUGAAAUAAGUCACGAAGAAAAUGGGGAUGAGGAAAAACCCGAGGAAGAUGUCGAGGACGUAAUUGCAGAGCGGGAUGUAAGCAAUGAAAUCGAGGAGGAUGAGAAAAAUCCCACAAUAGUGAAAUCAGAGGAAAAAGUUAAUGAUGAUCCAAAAGUCGUUGAAGAUGUUAAAACGAGCAAACACGACUUGGGACCUUCUUGUAUAGACCCUCAGCAUUGCUCGGUUCAAGAACCCUCCGAAUAUGUUAACUCCCCUAAACGCUCCACCGAACAUGUCAACUCCCCUAAGCGCUCUGCCAGUGGCUACUGUUCUACAAAUGGGACAAGUGUCCAUAGUAUGGUCAAAAUCAUCAACAAAGAUGAUCCCGACAAUACCGAAUCCCAAAUAAUUUUCUACAACGUCGAAACCGGAACUCAUUGCUUUUGCAGCGUUUCCUUCCAAAAAACCGCGCUUAAAAUCCAAGUUGACGGCACCGAAAACGAGGAGUAUAUCCUCGUGGAUGGCCCUGUCUGUAUGCCUCGAACUAUGCUCGAAAAAAAGACAAUACCAGUGUUAAUCCAGAACGUCUCGUCUUUGCUUCUCAAUUCGGAGUUAAACGAAGACGUAUCUGACGACCAAAGUCUUUCGAGAGUAAACUUAUUGCAGAGAAGCGAGUAUAGUGUCGAGGGACCGUUGCCGGAUGUUGCCGAUAGUGUCAGUGUACAAAUUAAAAAAAUACAAGGAGGGGCAAGUUUCGGAUUUUUACCGGACGCAGAUAAUGUCGAAGUUGUAGCGACACCAACGGUGGGUUUGGACCCGAUUUUGAAAAAGUCGGAAGAAAGUAGGAAGGCUUCAAAAGAAAUUGAGUGGAAAAUUUCAGAAACAUCUGAAACUACCGAAGCCGAUGAAGUAGAAAACUUUCCAGUGGCAGAAUCACAGAGCGUUCCCACGGGCAACAUGGGGAAAACCCCGAAAUGUCCGUCUAGAAGUUGCAAAAGCAAUAAAGGUGCUACCACAUCCCAAACCGAAGAAACACAUUCAAAAGAACCCUCCAAAGGCGAGAAUGGAGUGACAAAUGCUCCAGACAAACUGGCAGACAAACAUUCACCGGAAUUGGUACAUUUUGGAAAUGUAGAAGAUGAUCCAACAAAAUUGUUUGAAUCCAGCUACGAAAAUCUCCCAUCGGAUGACCCGGCCCGUAAGUACCACUUCCUGUUAAUGGAUGUGGCGACAAGCACGACAUCUUAUGAUGUAGACGAAAAUGAAGACUACCAAAUCCACGAACAGGGCGAACAAGCCCUUCGUUUGAGUGAAGACUACCAAAUCCACGAAGAGGACGAACCAGCCCUUCCUAAGGAUCUCUUAGAGGAAGAGAUUCCUGAACCAGUUGAAAUUCCUGAACAAGCAGAAGAAAUAGUUUCUCCCCUAGGUUCUCCAAAUGAAGGAAGUAUCACUGAGGAUUACAGACUUCUAACAGACGAUGAAUACGAGGCAGAAAAACCCCCACGAACUCUUGGAGAACCAGAACGCCAGUCAUUCGGUUCCAAUCGCAGUUCCGACCGAGCGGACAAAGAUUUGCGUAUUUUCGAAUAUUCAUUCACGCCCACGCGGGGCUCCACUUCGCGAACUCCCGGUUCUAGGCCAGAGUUGGCCUAUAUAGGGGCUCACGAAAGUGGCACAAUCACCAGCGAGGCCGAAGUGAGAGAAACAGACCUGGAUGAAAGAGCCGCACAGCCGCCGGGAACACUCCCUCUUCCAAGACCCAGUUUGAGUGACUCGUCAUCGCAAAGGAAGCCGCACGAGGGGCUCAAGGUGCGGUACUCGCUUAAUAGGGAUUUGUUCGAUCAGGAACAUCAGGAUAUCAUAGCGAAACUGGACCAAAUGCCGAAGAUAGAGCCGACGACUUUGGAAAGUCGGAAUGCGAGUGUAGCUGCUAUCACGGAUAGGAUGGAGGAGUUUAGGAAAAUUGGGGAUGACAAUGCAAAUCGGAGAUUUCAGAUUAGUAAUGCAGAUAAUUUUGAAAUACGGAGAGUGUCGAAUCCGUCCGUGCAUAACGAGAAUGAGGAUGAAAAGCCGACGAGGCCGAGUUGCUGCGGGUUAGUACAGCCACCGAAGUCUAAGAAAAGAGUGGCGAACUCGGAAACGUGGAAUGAAGGGCGAAUGAAUUUCUGAGCUUAAAUAACAGAAAAUAUAUAUUUACAUUUAACUAAAUAAAACGUAUUUUAACUUAA